AUGGCGAAGGACUCCGUAUUUUUCAGAAGUUUCGGUCGAUUUGAGAUGAAAACGCUAAGCUGCGUAGCUUUAGCUCUCGGCUUCAUCAUGAGCCUAAGCCUCUUUAACUUCUUCAAGCAGCCUGUCAUGGAUUUGGAGGCAUCAUUGUCUUUGGGACUGAAAGUCUUGAUUGGCUCUGAUAAUAAGCAUCAACAAAAAUCCCUCACCGAACUCGAACUCGAACUCAAACUUCCUCCCUCGAUUUCCAACCUAAGCAACUCGAUAUCCGACAUGCUCGAAAUAACCGGCGACGUACGAGUCCACGGAAAAUCGUUCACCGUCUUCGUCGCCUCAGCCACGGAAAAUGACCCUACCCGUUCGUGGGCCUUAAAACCUUACGCCCGAAAGCACGACACUUUCCUAAUGGGCUACAUCCGCGAGUGGACCGUCGUUCACGGGCCCGCCUCUAAACUCCCGGGUUGCGAGGCCCGAAGCCCGUUUCCCGGCAUCAUUUUCUCGACCCGAGGCUACGCCAUGAACCCUUACCACGACUUCUCGGACCUUCUCGUCCCUCUCUACCUCACUGCCCGACCCUACAACCGCUCGAUCGUGCUCCUCGUAAACGACCUCCUCGAACCAUGGAUCGAAAAAUACGAGCGCAUGCUUAAAAAACUCUCGAGCCAAGAAAUCGCGAAUAUCGACGACGAGCGUCGAGUCGUUUGCUUCCCGAGGGUGACGGUCGGGCUCCGGGCCCACAAGGAGCUCGGGAUCGACCCGCGAGAGCCUCCACAUUACUCGAUGGCGGAGUUUCGGGAGUUCGUUCAGGCCACGUGGGCCCUUCGGGCCCGCGUUUGGGCGAAAAAAAGCCCGCGGGCCCGAAUGUUGAUGAUCUCGAGGGAGAGGAGUCGGAGGAUGACGAACGAGCGGGCCGUGGCCCGGGUCGCGAGGCGGGUCGGGUUUGAUGUCGUCGUGAGGGAAAUUGGGUCGACUGAUGACGUGGCGGAGUCUGCUCGGUUCGUGAACUCGUUCGACGUGAUGGCGGGAGUGCAUGGGGCCGGGAUGACGAAUAUGGUUUUUUUGCCGGAGGGAGGGGUGGCUGUGGAGGUGGUGCCGUUCGGGCUUGACGGGCUGGCCCGGCAAUAUUAUCGGGCCGAAGCGGAAGGGAUGGGGUUGGGGUACUUGGAGUAUAGAGUGGGGUGGAAUGAGAGUUCUUUGAAAGGGAAGUAUUCUGUGGAGAGUGAGGUGUAUAGGGAGCCCGGGAAGAUUCAGAAGAAGGGGUUUUUGGGGUUUCGAGCCGUGUAUAUGGAUGAUCAAGAUGUGGAGGUUGAUUGUGGGAGGUUUGAGGAGACUCUUGUGGAAGCUUUGAGGAUGGUUUCUAAAAGAAAUGUGUAG